CAUGCGAUAACAAUUUUAUCGCAUGCAACAAACCUUAUCACGAUUUUAAGAAUUGGCCCGGACUACAACUGGGUUUCCUUAUCACUGACAAUUUAAAAAUAGAAAAUAUUCCAGUCGUUUUAUUUGUAAGUAAACAAUGUCCCCAUAAUUUUCGUCGUAUACUCGCAUUUCGUCAACAGACCUUUAACGGUAAAGUCGGCAUUAUUUUUCAUCAAAAUGAAUAAUUACCCUCAUGAAGGUUUUACUUAUAAAAUUAAUGGCGGACGAAAAAACGGCAUUCGGUAAGUUGAUUUAUACUAUAUAAUAAUAUAAUAGUGCAUUAUUCGUAAUUACAUAGGUAUCUAUAAUGUAUUUUAUAAAUGGAUAAAAUAAAAAAAUCGAAAAUAGGGAUCUAUAGUAUAUAGCCAGGGGUCUCCAACCUUUUUUUACGGCGGGCAUAAUUCACGGUCCAAUAUUUUUAUGUAUGCGGAUUUAUAAAACAUUUAUUGCAUUUGGUUUGUAUUUUAAGGUAUUUGGCAUGCUGUCAGAGAUACUGUAAAGGUUCAGCAAAACAGUUAGCUAAUGGUAUUAUAGUACCAAUUGAAACUCAUUCGCAUCGACCUAAUAAUGUAGAAAAUGAACUAUUGAAGUUUAAAAAGCAAUUUAGAUUGAUUCUGAUUGAACGAGCAGUGCAUGAAACAACAAGGCUCAGGGAUAUCUACGAUGAGGAAUCUAUAAGACGUAUGAGAGGUGCAGAACAAUAUUCUUGGCCUUUAGCCGAGUUGUGCAUGCGCCAUGCCCGUAGAAGAAAUGUGCCUGCUUUGCCACCAACCUUAGUUGCACUUGCAGACAUUUUGGAGACCAAUCCAGACCGAUAUACUUGUUGUGGUCAUUCUUUUUACCAGGACCGAACAAUUGAUGUUGAUGGAAAAGUUUCAAUUAUAUUCGGUUGUUUGGACUUGAUUCAAGAAGUUAUACGCCAGGGUGGAUCUGAGCUUCAUGCGGAUGCAACGUUUAAAGUUGUUCCAUCCUCCCCAAAAUGUAGACAAUUGUUUGUUAUGCACUUUAAUAUUCAAAAUUAUUCCAUCCCUAUAAUAUAUGUAUUAAUGGAAUCAAAAACAGAAACAGCUUAUACGCUUGUUCUCAGAAAAUGUAAGGCCUUGUUUCCAGCUAUUCAGCCAGUAUGUAUCAUGACUUACUAUGAAAAUGCUUUAAAAAAUGCAUUUAGUAACAUAUACCCUGAAAGUAUUCAAAAUGCAUGUUAUUUUCAUUAUGUACAGGUAGGCAUAUAA